GCCUUUUUCCAUGUUACUUAUGAGAUCUUAUGUUAAUACCUCUUAAGAUCUGUCAAAAAGAUAGCUUGCUAUCUAAGGUGGUUGGACUUAGAAGGGAGGCUAUAUUGACUCCUCCGACCUUCCUGGGAUCUUACUUGGUUAUUGACCAAAGGACUCUUUAGUGACGUUAUCCUAAUGCUUAAAGUAAAAUUUGGUUAAAGGUUGUUGAAGAUCGACAAGUCACUUGCUGGCACUAUUAUGGCUGAAUUAACAACAAUGAAAUAUAAUGGCCACCGAGGAGUUUAGGAUCACAUCCUCAAUAUGGCGACAAAGUUGCAAAACUUAAAACUUUAGGGAUGCAGGUUGAUGAAACCUUCCUCGUGUAGUUUAUUCUUAACUCACUUCCAUCAUAGUUCGAUGCAUUCAAAAUUCACUAUAACACCAAUAAAGAUAAGUGGAAUUUGAAUGAACUGACUAAUAUGUGUGUUCAGGAGGAAGUGAGGUUGAGGGAGAAAGGACGUCAAACUGCAUUGGCUGUAACUCAUGGAGCCAUAAAGAAAAAGAAGGGUAAGUUUGUAAAAUCAAAGAAAAAUCCACCAAAGAAAAAGAAUGAACCUGGGGAAGAAAAUCAGGCUAAGAAUGGUUUCACUAUCAAGUGCUACUUUUGUGGCAAGAAGGGACAUGCGAAGAAAGACUGCAGCAAGCGAAAGGCUUGGUUCGAAAAGAAAGGGAUAACUCUCAACCAGGAAACCGAAGGAAAGUGAAAGAUUUGUCUAUAUGGGGAACCGUCUCAAAGCUGAAGUCGUAGCUGUAGGAACCUAUCGACUGAUCUUAGAGACGGGUCAUCAGAUGGAUCUAGAAGACACUUUUUAUGUUCCUUCAAUUUCUAGAAAUUUAGUUUCAU